AGCUUAGCAUCAAACGCCCGCGCGACGCAAUCCUCCAGCCAUGGCGGCACCUGCCUCUGAAACCUUGAAGAUUUCCGAUGGCAGCACUAUGGAAAUCACGCGUUUGCCGGACAUUGAUGAUGCCACAUGGGCCGAGGUGAAGCAGUAUGUGCAGAGCAAUCCGGACACGGCAAAGUCCUUACAGGGUUUCGCCAAGAAUCCGGAGGCCAUGCGAGGUUGGUUGCAGACACAGGCCAUCGCAGAGCAUUACAACGCGAAGCUUGCCACCGGGGAUGCUCCUGUGCAGGACAAAGUGAAGUCGCUCGAGCAUGAUCCAGAAUUACAGACCAUGUUCGAGGAUAUCCGGAAGAAUGGCAUGGAAGCUGCAUUGAAAUACUACCAGGAUGAGGAGCUGAUGCAGAAGAUCUCUCAGAAGAUGGGAGGUCUCCCUGCUGAUCUCCAACCUGUGUUGAAAAAGAUUGAGGAAACAUCCCUGACUCUUCAUGAGGCCGCAAAGAACGGCGACCUAAAAGCAGUGGAGGAAUUUCUUCAGAAGAACAGGCCGCUGGAUGCACAGGACCACAAGGGCAUCACGGCCCUAGGAUAUUCCAUUGGUACGAACCGCAUUGCAGUGGUCAAGCUGCUGCUGGAGUCACGAGCCAAUCCUUAUGCCGUGGACAGUAAUGGCAACACCGGGCUGCACUACGCUGCGGGCUACGGUCGCAAAGAAUUGGUGGAGUAUUUAUUGAAGGUGGGCAUUAAUGUGAACCAUCUCAACGCUCAAAGCCAAACACCUCUCACGGUGGCACAGAUGAACAAACAGGAGGCCACGAUUCAGCUCUUACGCGCCCAUGGCGCCCAGUGAUGGCCGACAGUCCAUAUGGCACGAAAUGAUAAGAAAUGCCGAAAUGCCAAUGAAGUGUCCUCAAAAACUCAAUGUACGGUGCCC